AUGUCCACCCGCGGCAGAGCCUCUGCACAUCUUCUCCGACUUCCGGCCGUCUCCGUUGUCUGCCAUGAUAGAGAUUGCAUUGAGACUAUUGAUGGUACUCAUGUGACUGCCAAGGUACCGAGAGCAAUGUUUGUAACAUUCCGUGGGAGGAAGCACUACACCAGCCAAAACGUUCUAGGAACUGUAGAUUUUGAUCUGAGGUUCACAUACAUGCUUGCUGACUGGGAGGGUUCAGCUCAUGAUGCAAGCAUCAUGUCCGACAGCUUGUCAAGGCCUGAUGGGCUAAAAAGAAGAUACCGCCUCAACGAGUUUACUGCAAGGAACCGACCUCGGAAUGCGAAAGAGUUGUUCAAUCCGAGACACUCAAGGCUUAGAGUCACCAUUGAGAGGGCCUUUGCUGCAUUGAAGAACAUGUUCAAGGUCAUUGACCAUAAACCGUUCCACACUUUUGACACUCAAGUGAAGCUGGUCCUUGCUUGCUGCAUUCUUCACAACUACAUCGUAGGUUGGGGCGAGGAUAAAUUCUUCCAAGAUGCUGUCGCAUUUGAUGAAGUUGAGAGCGGCCAUGGCAUGGAGGUAGGCGACAAUGAAGCCUGA